AAGCAAGCAAGAAAAGAAGGAAGGAAAGGAAAGGAAGGUGAGCCAAAGAGAGAAAGGGAGUGAGAGGGAGGAGGAGCAAUGUGGCCAGGUUGGCCACAUUGAUUGCAUCCGGUGAAGGAAGCGCGACGCUUUUCCGGCAUCACAAUCUUCGUGCUGCGCGACGAGGGAAUUGCUGUCCCACCUCUAUCGGAAGAGAGGGGUGGAAAGAGUUGUCAUCUCGCGUGGGGUGCGAUGUCCUGCACUGCCUGCACUGCCUUGUAUCGGAGAUCUCGUUGGAAAAGUAUGCGCCAUCUGCGUUCCGGGACGGCGCUUACUCACAGCAAGUCGGUGGUUGCCCCCGUCUUUUUCAUUCUUGGGUGCCGAUCGGAUACGACAAACAAGGUUGGCGGGGGGGGGAGAUUUGUCGCUGCCAGUUGUCUGGUUGCGAGUGGCAACACUGCAGAUGAGCGGUGCAGGGGAGAGAGCCAAGUGCCUUUGAGGGGCUGGGAGCUGCGGCUUUAGUUGUUGAAGACUUUCGGAUCGUGUGUUGACGGAACAACCGAGAGCAAUCAUGUUUCGAGGGAUUCGUAAAUUUGUGCAUGAGCUGAAAGAGGAUAUCUUGCACGAUCAUGACCAUCCUCAUGCUUGUGAGCAGCCUCACAUCGCUCAACAGCCUCAUAUUCCUCACCACCCGCAUACCAGCUAUUCCCCUCAUGCAAGUGGAUUCAUCGGCGCCAGUAUCUCCCUCGUUGAGCAGGACAAAUACGUUAUCUUGGACAAUGGGAUAGUCGAAAUGACACUCACCAAGCCUGGUGGGAUCGUGACCUGCGUCAAAUAUGGUGGAAUCGAAAACCUCCUUGAAACCCAUAACAAGGAAACCAACAGAGGAUACUGGGAUUUGAACUGGAGCCCAGUCGGUGGAAGGGAUACCUUUGACGUCAUCAGUGGAACCAGCUUCAGUGUCGUGUACAAGGACGACAACAGAGUAGAGGUUUCAUUUUACCGACCGUAUGACCCAAAUUGUGGAGGCAUACCUGUUAACAUCGACAAGCGAUUUGUACUCCUGCGAGGGGUUUCAGGUUUUUACACUUACGGAAUAUACGACCGACCAUGCGGCUGGCCUGCAUUCAAUUUCAAUCAAAAUCGAGUCACGUUCAAGCUCCAAAAAGACAAGUUCCAUUUCAUGGCCGUGGCAGAUGACCGGCAGAGGGUGAUGCCUUGCCCUGAGGACUUGACUCCGACCAGGUGUGAGCAGCUCGCUUACCCUGAGGCACAUGUGCUUACGGAUCCUGUUGAUCCCGAUCUUUGUGGUGAGGUGGACGAUAAGUAUCAGUACACGAUGGACAACAAAGACAUGAAAGUGCAUGGCUGGGCGAGCGACGACCCUAGGGUUGGGUGGUGGAUCAUCUCCCCUAGCAACGAGUUUCGGAACGGUGGUCCUACGAAGCAGAACCUAACAUCACAUGUUGGCCCAACAUGUCUGGCUGUCUUCCAAGGUGCACAUUAUGCUGGGAGUGAUCUGAACCCCGGUUUUGAGGAGGGGGAACCGUGGGAAAAAGUUUUUGGCCCCGUCUUCAUCUACCUCAACUCGGCACCGCCGGGUACUCCGCACAGUGCCUUGUGGGAAAACGCCAAGGCUCAAGCAGCAGAAGAAGAGUCAGCAUGGCCCUACUCCUGGGCUGGUUCACCCGCCUUCUUGAAGGCAGAAGAGCGCGGUACUCUGAGUGGCCGGCUUCUUGUUUCGGAUCCGUUCCAACCACCCUACACAUGGGGAGCUAAGGACGCUUAUUUGGGAUUGGCGGCUCCAGGCGAGGCGGGGUCAUGGCAAACUGAGAGCAAGGGCUACCAGUUCUGGACCCAAGCCGAUGCUGAUGGGUGCUUUUGCAUACGCAAUAUUCGCCCUGGAGUGUACGACCUUUACGGAUGGGUUCCUGGUGUUCCGGGAGACUUCAAAUACGCACAGGGUUCCAUUCAUAUCCAACCAGGCGCGGUGGUUGAUGUCAGUGACAUAACUUACUCUAGUCCUCGAGACGGGCCUACCGUGUGGGAGAUCGGCUUCCCUGACCGCACAGCGAAGGGCUUUUUUGUCCCGGAUGCGAACCCUAAAUAUGCCAACAAGCUCUUCCUUAACCACCCAGAGAAGUGGCGUCAAUACGGCUUGUGGGAGCGAUAUACAGAUCUUUACCCUACAGAAGACUUGGUUUACACUGUGGGCCAAAGUGACUGGCGAAAGGAUUGGUUCUUUGCACAUCUUACGAGAAUGAAUCCUGACGGCACAUACUCACCCACAACUUGGGAGAUUCGUUUUGAGCUUCCCGAUGUAGUCACCGGCAUCCCUUACAAACUCCGAAUCGCAUCUGCAGCUGCCAACGUAGGUGCCAUUCAGGUGUUCGUGAACAACAUGGACCGGACGAAGAAACCUUUGUUCGACACAAUGCAAUACGGGAAAGACAAUGCUGUUGCACGCCACGGCAUCCAUGGACUCUACAAGCUGUGGAACAUCGACGUGGAUUCAAACCUUCUGCAAGCUGGCCCCAACGUCAUAUACUUGACGCAAAGGAAAGCCACAGGGCCUUUCAAUGCGAUCAUGUAUGAUUAUCUGCGCCUGGAAGCUCCUGUUCGUGGCUGCCAUUCAGAUGUGGAUUCAGAUUGAUUACCCACAACACACUCUUCACUGCCACAGCUUUCCCAGAAGGUCUGUGCCUGAGUUUUCAUCAUCUUUAUAUUCCAUCGUUGGGUGCUGCUCCUCGUUGCGGCUUCCCCCUCCAGCUUCUUUCAUCAUAUACAUCAAUUUAUGUGAGAAAUGAGUACUAUUUUUUAUUUAUUAGCACAUUGCAAAGCAGGAAUAUGAUGCUGUUAUGUUCCUCUCAUUCCGAGUUAGUGGGCGAUUGUUGCAUAAAACAGUAGAAUAGAAUUUUGUGAUGUGCUUCAAACAACACAAGAAAAAUCUGAUAAAGUCGGCACUUCUUCGUUAUGUUGUAACCCUCUUUGGUAACAUAAGUGAAAGUCUAAGGUUGGUUUUUAUUUGGGAUA